AUGUCUCACGUCGACACCCAGCUCAAGGAUGUCGCUAUCCUGGGCUCCAUCAAUAAUGAUGCUCGCAAGAUCCUGACCAAGGAGGCAUGUGCCUUUUUGGCUCUGUUGCACCGCACCUUCAACCCCACCCGCAAAGCUCUUCUCCAACGCCGCAUCGAUCGCCAAGCUGAGAUUGACAAGGGAAAUCUUCUCGACUUCCUUCCCCAGACUAAGCACAUCCGUGAGAACGACGCCUGGAAGGGUGCUCCUCCCGCUCCAGGUCUUGUGGACCGCCGUGUUGAGAUUACUGGCCCCACCGACCGGAAGAUGGUGGUGAACGCGCUGAACUCUGAUGUCUGGACUUACAUGGCUGAUUUCGAGGAUUCGAGUGCCCCGACUUGGGACAACAUGGUGAACGGUCAGGUCAAUCUGUACGAUGCUAUCCGCCGACAGGUCGACUUCAAGCAGGGCGAGAAGGAGUACAAGCUCCGGACUGACCGCGCUCUGCCCACUCUGAUUGCCCGUGCUCGUGGCUGGCACCUGGAGGAGAAGCACUUCACCGUGAACGGCGAAGCCAUCUCUGGUGGUCUCUUCGAUUUCGGUCUGUACUUCUUCCACAACGCCAAGGAGCUGGUCGCCCGCGGCGCCGGUCCUUACUUCUACCUCCCCAAGAUGGAGUCUCACUUGGAGGCUCGUCUCUGGAACGACGUCUUCAACCUCUCCCAGGACUACAUUGGUAUGCCCGCGGAACCAUCCGUGGAACUGUCCUGA